UAUAAUUCUUGAAAUCUCAGUCGCAUCUCCAGACAUGAUCAGCGUACUAUUAGCCGGCUGCGUUACUAUCUUGUCUGUCAUAAGCGUUCAGACUAUUAAUUUGGAUCAAUCCUCGAGAGAUGAUGCUUCGGAGAUCAAAUCGUUUAAUAACACCCAUUCCAAUCAUCAGGGAAGGUUCUUCCCGCUAUUCAGCGUCGUGCGUUUCGCUAACUCCGAAUGCUUGUCGAGCAUCGAUCAGCUUAAUGGCACGUGCUUCACGAGGCGAGAAUGCAUUAAUUACGGCGGUAACCCGUCGGGAUCGUGCGCCAACGGAUUGGGCACUUGCUGCGUGUUUCAAAAGUCUUGCGGCUCCACCACCAACAUGAACAACACGUACUUCGUAAGCCCGAGAUACCCCAUCACUUAUCGCGGCGGAGAACGAUGCACUAUCACGGUGCAGCGCUGUAAUUCUAACAUAUGUCAGUUACGACUGGAUUUUCUGGAGGCCACCUGGGCCCAGCCCAAUGCAACUGGAUUUUGCGACUUGGACGUGUUUCUGGUGUCGGGAGGCUCGUCCACGGUGCCCCGAAUAUGCGGAGAGAACACCAAUCAGCAUGUGUACGUCGACUUCAAUGGAGCAACGCCGAUCACGAUAUCCGUCGACACCAACGCGGAUUACGCGUUCGACCGACGCUGGAAUAUAAGGAUUCAACAAAUAGCGUGUGAUUCUGUGUGCAGAGCUCCCAAUGGAUGCUUACAAUAUUACAAGACUGUCUCCGGCACCGUGAUGAGCUUCAACUUUGGUACAACGGAAAAUGUCCGAGCCCCUCAGAUUGGAACGCGACAAAUGGUGAAUCAUCGUUACGGCGUGUGCGUCAGGAUGGCUCUGGGAUACUGCAGUAUCGAAUGGUCGCAAGCAGAUAUAUUCUCCUUUUCCGUUUCUGGAGACACGGGAACGAUUGGUUCGGACAUAAUAGGCAGGUCAUUGUUUUCCUUGAAAAUUUUCUGCGUAAAUCUAACAAAAAUUAAUUUAUCAUAUCGGAUAUGUUUCGCACGAUCGCAGAAUAUCUCGCUGUUUGCCCCAGCGUUUAAUUAUCACGUAUCAUCAACAGGUACGGACUUGGUGGCAGAAUCCGGAGAUAGCUGCAUCAACGAUUUCGUGAUUAUACCCGACCCGCGUGAAAAUGGCGUUGCCGUUAAUACAGAUAGAUUUUGCGGAAAUGGAUUUAUAACUAAAACAUCGAACUUGAAGCCGUUCGUACUUUACGUCGUUACCAACGGCGAUGAGGUGCAAGAGGUCCAAAACAAAGGUUUCCGACUUAUGUUUCGUCAGCUGCCUUGCGCAGUUUAAGUACUACUACUAUUAUGAAUAC